AUGAAUGUGGACUCAUCAUGUCUUGAUUUGUUUGUCGAUAUCAAUCAUAGUCUUUACUGUUCAAUGCCUGAUCAUCAUCAAGUAGUGAAAAGAUCAUUGCAUGAUGCUGUGAUGAACUCGAAUCGUGUUGCUGCUGGAACAGGUAUUCAAGGAUCGGACUCGAACCAACUAAAAAAUCCUCUUGGAAUCUUUGUCGAUAUGAAUUUUGAUUUAUAUGUGGCAGAUUGUAACAAUGAUCGAGUUCAGUUGUUUCAGUCAGGAAAAUUGAAUGGUAUUACGGUGGCUGGAAGUAGGUCACCGAAUUCAACAAUAAG